GGGAGGAGGGACAGCCGGGAGGGCGGGGCAGCCGUGCCGAGGGGCGGGGUCAGCAGCGAGGCCGCGGGGGCAGCAGCGGCGCGGGGCAGCGGGAGUGGCGGCCGCGCCAUGUGGCUGCUGGGGCCGUUGUGCCUGCUGUUGAGCAGCGCCGUGGAGAGCCAGCUGCUCCCCGGGAACAACUUCACCAACGAGUGCAACAUUCCAGGCAACUUCAUGUGCAGUAAUGGGCGUUGCAUUCCCGGCUCCUGGCAGUGUGAUGGGCUGCCCGACUGCUUUGACAAGAGUGACGAGAAGGAAUGCCCCAAGGCGAAAUCCAAGUGUGGCCCGACCUUCUUCCCCUGCGUCAGCGGCAUUCACUGCAUCAUUGGUCGUUUCCGCUGUAACGGGUUUGAGGACUGUCCUGAUGGCAGCGAUGAAGAAAACUGCACAGCAAAUCCCCUGCUUUGCUCCACUGCCCGCUUCCACUGCAAGAACGGCCUCUGCAUUGACAAGAGUUUCAUUUGCGAUGGGCAAAACAACUGUCAAGACAACAGUGACGAGGAAAACUGUGAAAGUUCUCAAGAACCGGGCAGCGGGCAGGUGUUUGUGACGUCCGAGAACCAGCUCGUGUAUUACCCCAGCAUCACCUACGCCAUCAUCGGGAGCUCUGUCAUCUUUGUGCUGGUGGUGGCUCUGCUGGCAUUGGUCUUGCAUCACCAGCGGAAGCGGAACAACCUCAUGACGCUCCCUGUGCACCGGCUGCAGCACCCUGUACUGCUCUCCCGACUGGUGGUCCUGGACCACCCCCACCACUGCAACGUUACCUACAACGUCAACAAUGGCAUCCAGUAUGUGGCCAGCCAGGCGGAGCAGAAUGCUUCGGAAGUGGGCUCCCCUCCCUCUUACUCAGAGGCACUGCUGGAUCAGAGACCUGCGUGGUAUGAUCUUCCUCCUCCACCCUACUCUUCCGACACUGAGUCUCUGAACCAGGCUGACCUGCCCCCCUACCGCUCCCGCUCAGGGAGUGCCAAUAGUGCCAGCUCCCAGGAGGCCAGCAGUCUCCUAAGCACGGAAGAUACCAGCCACAGCCCAGGGCAGCCUGGGCCUCCAGAGGGCGCUGCUGAGCCCAGGGACUCUCUGCUCAGCCAGAGCACGGAAGAAGUAUAA